AUGGCAGCAGCUGUAGCAACAAGACCGCUACCACCACCGACAACAACACGAGCAAUGUCCAGUCCUGUCGAUGAUGAUGCCACAACAACAACUUACACCGUCGACAUUGUCAACCUGAACAACCUCCUUUCUCGUCUUGAGCACAACAUUUUCUCGUCCGCGUUGGAUUUGAGACUUGUUCAACAGUCGCAUUUGCAUCGUACGCGAGUUGGCGCUAAUGUCGAGUAUGCGAAUACACUAUUCACAAAAAUUGAACGCUCGCUACCAUCCAUAAAAUCCCCGGAAACACGACAUCAGCGAACGACCGAUUUGGCAAAUAAGCGUGCGCGACUGGCGAGGUUGAGAGAGCGGUUUGAUGAGAUCAAGACCGAGGAUUAUAACUUGGAGGAGCAGGAUGAAGAGGAAGGAGAAGGGGAAGAUUUGCUCGCGGGGGUGGAACCUGUAGAGGAAAAAGAGGAAAAACUGGAAGAUGAGGAAAGGGGUACAGAACAAGCUGGCAAAGAUGAAGCAGACGCAGAAGCAGAAGCAGAAACAGCAGCAGCAGCAGCAGCAGUAAGCUCGACAUUACGACAGCGACGGCCAGAUAUUUCUUCCACGUCAAUCGCAGAAUCGUCUACAACUCCAGCACAAUCAUCCUCCCUCUAUCCUUCUUCUACCACCACCACCACCACCACCACCGGCUUCAAACCCUCGCCGACCACCGCCACCACAGCUACAACAACUUCAGCAACCACCGAAACAACACUCUCCACGCACCGCGCCGAACAAGAAUCCCUCACAGACAGCCUCAUCAACCUGGCCAGCCAACUCAAAACAUCCUCCCAGGCCUUUCAAUCCUCUCUCGAAAACGAAAAGUCCAUCCUGGACAGAGCCGUCGAAGGGCUCGAUCGAAAUGUGACGGGUUUAGGGACAGCGGGUCAACGGAUGGGCGUGUUGAGGCGUAUGAGUGAAGGUAGGGGAUGGUUGGGACGUAUGUUGAUGUAUGCGUGGAUUUUUGGGUUGUGGCUGGUUGCAAUUGCGAUUGUCUAUCUGGGACCCAAGUUGCGCUUUUAA